UAACAAAGCACUCGACUACACGCUAGAUAAUUUAAAUUCCGUUCUAUUUAUAUUUAUUGUGUCCGCAAAAAGUGAAAAAUUAAACGUUGCCAUUGGAUAAAGGGACAACAUGUCGCAUCCGCAUCAUAAACUACUCGAUAGGAUUUGCCAGCGCAUUGUGGGACAGUUGAAAGAGCGCGACAUUAAGGUGGAUACGGAUUUUAUGACUUUUGUGGUGCAUCUGCUGGUGCGGGACAUGCGAUACGGCUUGCUGCGCACAGAUUUAAGUAAGCCGAGCUCAUGCCACAUCGACACAUUCAUUGAGUAUAUCGUGCACGGCUAUACGGACAAUAUGGACACCACCAUGGCCAAUAUGCGUCUGUCGUGGAUCAUGAAAACGGGCCAUGGCAUUAAGCUAGCCUAUGUGCGCGAGCAGUACGAGGCGAAGUAUCAGCAACAGCUCAAGUUGCUAAUCGAUGACAUUCUGCAGUAUCCGGAGACGAGCAGCAAGGUGCAGCUGGAUCAGCUGUUUGCCAAAAUGCAGGUGUUCAUUGCGGCCACUUAUCAUCUGGGCUGUCCCAGCAAUCAUGUGUUGCUCAAGCUGGUCGCAAUGGCGCUCAACAGCGUUAUCGGGCGCAGCGAUCUGCAGAACUAUGUGCUGAAAAAGAAGUACCAUAGGCAGGAGUACCUGCAGCGACUGGCGGACACCGUCGCCGGGAUUGUCAUCUAUAACAACGACGGGCCCGACGGUGAUCGCGAAAACGUGCGCUACGUCAUUGGCGAACUGCAAAUGGCGCAGAGCAACACAAGCGCCGCCUUUGAUGCUGUGCUGGAGCGGCUCAAGGAUGUGAGCGGCAAGUGCCAGGCGGCAAUCAGCGAACAGUUGCAGUUCAACUGCAAGGAGACUACGUUGUACUAUCGCGUGCCGCUGGAGCAGCUUCAGCGGAUCAAUCAAUUCACAGUGACGUUCAAUUCGCUGAUGCGCUGCCUGCUUGAACUGCAGCGGAGCUAUGAGCAUACCGCGUACAUGAUCAGCGUGGAGACGGGUCGCUACGACUGUGUGAUCGCCAAGAUCAACGAUACGCUCUACAUGCGCAGCGCCAUUGACUCGGAACUGAUCUUUCCGCAUUUUGUGUACCUGUCGAAGGUGUGGGGGAAUCUGAAUCACUACUUCAAUCACAUUGUGGAGCUGAAUCGGCUGCGCGAGCAGCUAGAGUGCCAGGUGCCCAAGGAAAUGGAGCAGCGGGCCAAGGACACAAUUGUGGAGAUACAAGAGCUGAGCAAGCAUAUCAAGGAAAUGCGCGAGUGCAGCUUUAAUGAGCGCAUGGAACUGCUCAAGGAGUACCAAACCGAUGGCAACUUUUGCAGCCUGGCCGAGGCGGACAUUAAGGAAUUCUGCGGCCUGACGCUGGCCGUGACCAAUGGACUGCUGCUGCCUGCCAAAGUGUUGCGCAAGCUUUGUAUGAAUCUGGACAUUAAGUUUGGCUUUCAGGACGAGACAUAUGCGCGCAUAGGCGAACUGUGGUUCGAACGUUUCAUCAGCGCCUUCCGGCAGGCCAUCUUCAAUAGCGCCAAUUUGGCGUUGCUUUUCAAUCUGGAUCAUGCGCUCAUCGCCAAGGAACUGCAGCCGGUGCCCGUCGAGCCGCCAAAGACCAACGAUUUUGAGGGUCAAACCGAAAUGGUCGUCACAAACGAUUUGUCUGGCGCCAAUUGGAUUAAUGUCACCUGGAAUGCGUGGGACUAUCAUCGCGAAACCAUACACCUGGCCGAGAUACGCAAGCGCCAGACGCACGACACACAGACAAAGAUCACCUACGGCCAGCGCAAUGCUCAGAAUCAAACAUACAACACACGCCACAACUGAAGAUAUCCUUUUCCGUCUCAUAUCAUCACUUACCUUUCUUGGGCUGCGAGACGUCGUAGAUGCCCAGCAGACGAUUCACUAUAAAG